AUGGGCAGAGCGAUGGUGGCCAGACUGGGGCUGGGGUUGCUGCUUCUGGCACUGCUCCUGCCCAAACAGAUCUAUUGCGACCAAACAUCUGUUGCACCGCUUUCAAGUAACCAGACUAUCUCUACUGCCCCAAAUCCAACUAAUGCCACCACCAAAGCAGAUGACAGUGCCCUGCAGUCAAAGGUGGGUCUCCUCGUGGUCUCACUUUCUCUUCUACAUCUCUGCUGUUAG